GAUGCUUGCUAUCAUACUUUUCUAUCUGAUGCAAUACCAUGUAUACAUUUUAAUGAAGUUUUAGAUAUUUUCGAAUCAUUGUAUGGUUUAGGACUAUCCAGCAGUCUUUCUUUACUCUCUUCAGAUGUGUGACGUGUGUUUAAGCACCUGCCCUUUGUAAACACACACAAAGGCUUUUGUGACAGUGUCUUUCCUUGUGCUCACCUUUGACUUUAAGCAGAGAGGAAGACAAAAGUUUUGUGUUAAUAAGAGUAUUGAGAUUAUCUUUAUGAAUCAAACGUCUGGUGAUCAGGAGCUGUCGGACUAUGACAUCAAAGCCCGGCAGAAGAAGGUUCUUUAUUUCUCUAGUGGAGAGAUUCUGACCGAGAGUGAAGAAGAGGAGGAUGAAGAUGAGCUUUAUCAAACAUUCUGGGUUUCUCAGGGAAACUGGUCAUUGAAGGAACGUUCUCGGUUUUGGGGGACACAUGUUUUGAAGAUGUCACUGAGAAUUUGUGAUUUCUUUGGAGAGAAAAUGGCUGCUUUACUGGGACUGAAUGCUGCUAAAUACCAGUAUGCCAUUGAUCAACAUCACAGACAUCAUCAGAAUAAAACAGGAGGAGAGAUUGUCUCCACGAGCACCGGGCAGAAUGUGGAGAGAGUUCAUUUGUCUCAGAUUGUGAGCAAACCAUAUGGAUCCACGGAGGACUUCAAGGAACAACAGAGACAUAAAGAGACAUUUUCAGAGAGAGAAACUAAUGAAUGAUAAAAACACGAGAGCUGUGUAACUGCUUCAAGAAAAUAUUACUUCAAAUUUUGAUCACAACUAGCCUAUUUAAGAAUGUAUUUAUUACAAAAAACUUUUCAUGAAUAGAUUCAAUGACAAUGGA